AUGACCGAAGAGCCGUUUGACUACAACGAACUUCUCAUGCAGAUCUCUGUGAAUCUCACCAAUGCCCUGAAUACCUUUGGGGCAUCUUCUCCACAGUACCAGUCCAUUCUGAGUAUUCUCAAGGACUGCCUUGCAACUAUUGAGAAGGAUAAAGAACGCAACCGCCACAAUCUCGACCCGGAUAUGUUGAGUAUAGCUAUGGAGUUCUUGGAGAUUGGGAAGUGA